AUGUUCCCGCCAAAAGUCGCCGACUGACUGACGCGCCUCGCCAUCUCGCGCCUCUUCUCGGUUCAGUUCAGUGGACAGUGGUUCUUCCUCAGUUCUUCACACAUUUUAAUCUUUGUGCUGUUUGCUACACUCUCAAUCGGACAUUCUCCGCUCAUCUGUCGGGUUUCCCACGGCUGUUGUUUUUUUGCAAAAUCGUAUAGAUUUGUGUAGACGCAUGGCCUCAUCGAAGAAAACGAGCAAUGGACGGUCCCCACUGGUGAAUCCGCAGCGUCAGAUCACUGCGUUCUUCAGCAAGAAGCCGGAGUCCGCAUCGUCUGCUUCCCCCUCGCCAUCGCCCGUGCUUUCCAAAAAAAACCCUAACCCUAACCCUGAUGGAAUGACGAGUCCGAUUACCCCUUCGCCUCUCCAAUCAAAGAGCAAACCUGUGCUGCUCAUCUCCCCAAAAUUGGCUUCUGCUUCUGCUUCUACUUCUCCUGGAAGCCUUAUCUCUGGUAAGAAACAGUACGGCGCGGAGGUUGUUGAUAGGAGGAUCAGAGUGUAUUGGCCGUUGGAUAAGACUUGGUAUGAAGGUUGUGUGAAGUCGUUUCAUAAGACAUCGGGAAAGCAUACCGUGCAGUAUGAUGAUGCUGAGGAGGAAACGAUUAACCUUUUAGAGGAAAAGAUUGAGUGGAUUGAAGAGCCGGCAAAAAAGAAGCUUCGGAGGUUAAGGAAAAUAUCGGUGGUGGAAGAUGAAGAAGAUGAAGAGGAGGACCACAAAGAACUAGAGGAUGACUCUGAUGAUGAAGAUUGGGGAUCGAAGGUGGAGAAGGAAAUGGUAGAAGAUGAGGAUGGAUUGGAGGAUUCAGAUUUGGAGUUAGAAGAGGAAACUGAAAGAACUGGUGCUCGGAAACACGUUAUAUCCAGAAAACGGAAGGUGGGUAAAGGAGAACAAAUAGGAUCUUCUUGUACAAAGAAACACAAGAAAUCUGGAGAGUUAAAGUAUAAGAGUGAUACGUCAACAGAUUCUAUUCCUUCUAAGGAAAAGCAGGUCGAACCUUCUAAAAGAAUUAACCCUGAGAGUGGGAAGGUAUCUGCUUUAGAUAGCAACAUCUCAGUAGAUGCUGCAGAAAGAUUUGUCACACGAGAUGCACAAAAGUUGCGCUUUGUUGAGAUAGAUCGUAUGGAUGCCCGCAGAAGGCGCCCUGGGGAUGCAGACUAUGACCCUAGAACACUUUUCUUGCCUCCCAACUUCGUAAAAGGCUUAACUGGUGGGCAGAAGCAAUGGUGGGAGUUUAAAUCACAGCAUAUGGACAAGGUUCUCUUUUUCAAGAUGGGCAAGUUUUAUGAGCUUUUUGAGAUGGAUGCACAUGUUGGUGCUAAAGAACUUGGUUUACAAUAUAUGAAGGGGGAGCAACCUCACUGUGGAUUUCCAGAAAAGAACUUCUCAAUAAAUGUAGAGAAGCUGGCAAUAAAGGGUUAUCGGGUUCUUGUUGUAGAGCAAACAGAGACACCUGAACAACUUGAGCUUCGUCGAAAAGAAGAGGGUUCAAAAGAUAAGGUUGUGAAACGUGAGAUCUGUGCUGUGAUCACGAAAGGAACUUUAACGGAGGGGGAGAUACUAUCAACCAACCCUGAUGCAUCUUAUCUAAUGGCAUUGGCCGAGAGCUGUGAAAAUUUAACAAACCAACCAGAAUCUCACAUUUUUGGUAUUUGUUUGGUUGAUGUUGCAACAAGCAAAAUUGUCCUUGCGCAGUUUAGGGAUGAUGCAGAUUGCAGUUCAUUAUGCUGUUUGUUAUCUGAGUUGAGGCCAGUGGAAAUUGUAAAACCUGCUAAGCUGUUGUCUCCUGAGGCUGAAAAGGCAUUGUUUAGACACACCAGAAAUCCUCUGAUUAAUGAGUUAAUCCCUUUCUCUGAAUUCUGGAAUGCCGAGAAAACUGUACAAGAAGUCAAGAACAUCUAUCAGCGUAUUGGUGACCAUUCAUGUUAUUCAACUAUAAAUGAAACAACUUUGCAUCCUAGUGGUUCUUCCUCGGAAAAUGGCAAUAGAAACUGCCUACCUGAUGUACUAUCUAAUCUUGCUAGUGAUGGUGAAAAUGGAAGCCAAGCUCUCUCUGCUCUUGGAGGCGCUCUUUUCUAUCUGAGGCAGUCUUUUCUGGAUGAAACCCUCCUUAGAUUUGCAAAGUUUGAGUUGCUUCCAUGUUGUGACUUAAGGAAACUCACACAUAAACCAUAUAUGGUUCUCGAUGCAGCUGCACUGGAAAAUCUUGAAAUAUUUGAAAACAGCAGAAAUGGAGAUUCAACAGGGACAUUAUACGAUCAACUGAAUCAUUGUAUCACAGCAUUUGGUAGAAGAUUGCUUAGAACAUGGCUUGCAAGGCCUCUGUAUCAUUUCAAGUCAAUUAAAGAAAGGCAGGAUGCUGUAGCCGAAUUAAAGGGGGUUAAUCAACCAUAUGUGCUUGGAUUUAGAAAAGAAAUUUCCAAGAUUCCGGACAUGGAACGCUUGCUUGCACGCAUUUUCACUAGCAGUGAAGCCAGUGGAAGGAAUGCUAGUAAGGUUGUUCUAUACGAGGAUGCAGCAAAGAAACAACUACUAGAGUUCAUUUCAGCUCUGCGUGGCUGUGAAACGUUGGCCAAUGCCAGUUCUUCCUUUUGUUCUGCUUUAGGGAAUGUGGAGUCUAGUCUAUUGCACCAUUUAUUAACGCCUGGUGCAGGGAUUCCUAAUAUCAGUUCAACUUUGAGGUAUUUCAAGGAUGCCUUUGAUUGGGAGGAAGCAUAUGAAUCAGGGCGUGUAAUACCUCGAGAAGGAGCUGAUGUUGAGUAUGAUGCUGCAUGUCAAAGAGUUAAAGACAUUGAAUCCAACCUUCAAAAGCAUCUGAAGGAACAGCGCAAAUUACUCGGAAAUGCAUCAAUCCGUUAUGUAACAAUUGGAAAAGAUGCAUACCUUUUGGAAGUGCCUGAGAGUUUAUCACAUAGCAUUCCAAAGGAAUACGAAUUAAAAUCAUCCAAGAAGGGUUUCUUUCGGUACUGGACACCUGUGAUUAAAAAAUUAAUGGGUGAGCUUUCCCUCGCUGAAUCUGAGAAAGAACAGAAAUUGAAGAGCAUUCUUCAGAGGCUAAUUGGACGAUUUUGUGAGAAUCACUGUGAAUGGAGACAGAUGGUUUCUACCAUAGCAGAACUGGAUGUUUUAAUCAGCCUGUCAAUUGCAAGUGACUAUUACGAAGGAAAAACAUGCCGUCCAAUUAUAUCUCCACCACAUUCUGAUAACCUGCCAUGCCUGAGCGCUAAAGGUUUGGGGCAUCCUAUGCUGAGGAGUGAUACUUUAGGGAAGGGCUCCUUUGUUACGAAUGAUGUCACAUUGGGUGGUUCUGGUAAUGCCAGCUUCAUAUUGCUCACUGGGCCUAACAUGGGUGGGAAGUCUACUCUUCUCCGACAAAUUUGCUUGGCUACUAUUUUGGCACAGAUAGGAGCAGAUGUGCCUGCCGAAAGCUUUGAGCUGGUUCCUGUUGACCGGAUAUUUGUUCGAAUGGGUGCCAAAGAUCAAAUUAUGUCUGGACAUAGCACUUUUCUUACAGAGCUUCUGGAAACUGCAUCUAUGAUGAAUUCGGCUACUCCGAAUUCACUCGUGGCAUUGGAUGAGCUAGGAAGAGGGACAUCAACAUCAGAUGGGCAAGCCAUUGCUGCGUCAGUUCUUGAGCAUUUUAUCUGCACAGUUCAAUGUCGGGGAAUGUUUUCUACACAUUAUCAUAGGUUGGCUGUCGACUAUGAGAACAAUACGAAGGUCUCUCUCUGUCAUAUGGCAUGUCACGUUGCAAAAGGAGUGAGAGGUCUGGAGGAGGUCAUAUUCCUUUACAAAUUGACACCCGGUGCAUGCCCUAAAAGUUAUGGCGUGAAUGUUGCUCGAUUGGCCGGACUUCCAGACACCGUAUUACAAAGAGCUGUUGCAAAGUCACAGGAAUUUGAGGGCAGUCAUUGCAAGAGACUCAACUUGUCCUCAAACGAGUUGGAAGACGAGGCAUCUUUGAUCAUCAAGAACGCCAUAAAGAUUGUUGCUGCCGCAGAACCUAGUAAUGAACACUCGGUUACUUGUUUGGCCAACCUGCAAAGUAAUGCAAGACUACUACUCCAACCCCAACAAAAUUAGAAACCAAACCAUAUACUAUCAUAUAUUCGUUGUCUUGCCUUGCCUGAUCUAUUUCUCAACACCCCCGGAGAAACCACUUCCAUUAUGGUUCUGUGAGAACAUAAUUCCUUCACAGGUUGCAAAAUUUUUGACAGCUGAUCACUGGAUCAGCAGCUCAAGCUAAUUGAGGUAUGGAGCUCAUUCUUACUGUGUUUUUGUGGGUAGAGGGAUGACUUAGAUGAGCUGAAAUUUUGGUCAAAAUUAUGUUGUAUAUCUUGUAAACUUGUUUUGUUGAUAUUUGCAGCUCGAAGCUGCGGGGAGGUUAUUAUGCAAUUUGCUGUUUCCUUUUUUA